GCAAUGUGGUUGCGUAAAUCGAUCGAUUACAGUAUUCCGGGUUGGUGCACGCACCACAAUGAACCGCGUGGGGCCAUUCGACUCGGCUUCAUCGCCAACGCCCGACCCAUCCUUCUUGGACAGACAUGCCGGAAGUUCCGCCUACUUCGGCUUCGUGUACCUCGUGGCAACUAUAGGGUUGUCGAUGUGGUACCUCACGAUAUUGGAACCUUACAUGGGCAACGACCUGUUUUGGCCCCAGUUCAACUCGACGGGCACUCAAACGUUUGUGAUUGAUGCAUUCCAUCUCGAAAACAACUACGUCGACUCCACCACUGCCGACCACCAGCCCACGCCCUUCUCCAUCUUGGACAUGGCCAUCCAAAGAGACUACAGUGGGUCUGACACUGUCGUGGCGCUCAAGGCAACAUAUCCUCGGCGCAUGAUCUCGGAGCAAUUGACGUCCAUUGAAGGUGCCAUUCAAGGCAUCCACACCGCGACGUCGGUCGCUAGCGUGUUGAAGCUCAACACAGCGUACUGCUGGCUAGACUUUGAUCGGUUGUGGCCCGUGGCGCACACCCAAGGUCGACUGGAACGAUGUCGGGAUCGAUAUGCAGACAACGCCGCCGUGUACAUGGAGAGCAUGCUUCGCAUAGUACCGUGGAACGAAUGGAUGGCACAGAGUGGCAGUGAUUUCACCGCGUCCAUUGCUACGUACUUAGGUCAAAGCGACUUGGGUGUCCGGUGGCUAAAAUCGGUGCCUAAUGCGUUCGUGUCGGUGGAGGUUGAAGCGGCAUAUUGGCGGCAGAAACACAUGACGACGUACCGGUUGCAGUGGGGCAACUUGUUCAUGACAGGGCUGGACGAAUCCAUAGCGAUUCGCAAUGCAUUGGGGAUGGUCCAAUACGUGCUCACGUACCAAGUGAAGCCCGUGUUUCGUCAACAAGUGUGGACUUCUGUAUACAUGAACUGGGGGAUUUGGAAUGACAUGACGGGGAUUGUGUACACCCAGUUGGACCAUGCCAACGUCAGCCUCGUGCGCAACUCGACCGACGACUUUGACCUUGUCGUAGUGUACGACACAUUUGCGUCGCCGUCGAGUGGCACCGUGGUGAGUUUGCUUCGAAGCGAACUCGGGCCUACAAACAGCAUCGACAUGUACGUGGUGCCGCGUCCCCCGAGUGCUCUUGCGCUGUUAAAGUCAUUUCAAACCAUGUGGACCGUCUUGAUCGAGCAUCACGAUCCGACCCUGUUUGCCAUGUUCAACGCCAUCCCAGACACUGAAUUGGACCCCGUGCCCCCUUCUUGGCUCGACCCGCUUCGAGUUUUCUACGGCGGCAACCCCAUGUGUGUAUUUAACACCCCGACGUCGUACGUCCAAGCCCCGUUUGGUUUUGACGACACUUGCACAAGUGCUGUGCGGCAUACAGUAUCCACGUCCAAGUGGCACGUCUUGUUUGCGACUAUGGCAGUAAACUUGACGAUACAAUCGCGGCAAGACGACUUUAAUCGCACGAGCGUCUGCGACCUGUGCCCAACGACGUCACACACUUGCUUGAACGUAGUGCACCAAGCCCAUACCGUGUACGAGCAAUGGCAAUCCACGUUGUCGCAGAUUCCACUGGACCUGCACGAGCAUUUUCGUCGUGCCAGAGACGCAUUUGUUGCAGCGUCCAACGUCAGUUUGAUUCAAUUUGCAGACGAUCAAGGGUUCGUCGACGGAAACUACUUUGACCAGUCCAACCUGUUGGUGCAACCAUUGGUCACGACAGACGACGUCGCGUGGAAUUUCCUAGGCUGGCUCCACAUGUACGAUUGGAUGACUGGGACGCGGGAAGUUGUGUCGUUUGAAGGCAACUUGCAAUCGUUGGCCUUGCUUUCGACCGCCGACGUGGACCACGUGUACGUCCCUAGCAACCUUGAAGUGCCCCAACGUGCGUGCAAGUACGUGUGGUACAUCUCGGUGUACGUGACAUUUGUGCUGGGGGGGGUGGCGGUGAUCUUGCUGAUGUACGCCAUGGGGGUUGCCACCCCCGGCCGCCCCCUGUUGCACUUUAAUCGCGUCGUGGGAUGUACUUGGAUUGGUCGCCCGUUUCUGUUAGUACGGGGAGUCGCGGCCAUUGUUAUGCUCAGUACGUCGCCCGUGGUAUUGUCCACAUCGAUGGACGGCGUGGCGUACUUACAAGGUAUGCCUCGUUCUUGGGUUCAAACGCUCGUGGUUGCGGGGGAAGCAACUUGGGUAGCAUAUGUUAUCCAAGAUGUGUUGCUGAUCGUAACCGACUCGUACGCCAAAGUGUAUUGCCCUGUGGCCACAGCGAUUACGUGGGUGAUCUACGUUGUCGUGGAUAUUGCGACCCCGGUAGUUGCCAUCUCGACAGAAAUUGAUCGGCACUGCGCGUUUGUCAACAUGGACACGCAUAUUGCAUGCUCCAGUGGCGUGGUUGAAAUUGGGAGUUCCACGCGGGCUCAAUGGCUCGUGGCCAUUGCCCUUGGCUCGACCCUAAUCUCGCUACUACUAACGUGGCUGGCCGAGCUUCUCCUCUACGUAUCCGUGAUCCGAUCGACGGUGCAGUCGCCUAUAAUUUUUCCAGGCGCGUCCGCCGCGUUCUUACCCCGGACGCAUGGCCUGCCUCUCGAGUCGUUGGAUCGAAUCGUGUGUGUCAUGUCUGGCUUGCUCCCGUUUAUGUUUCAGAACAAACAGUACGUGUUGGACUUGAAGCUGUGGGUCGUGGUGCCGUCGUCCGUGCUGAAUUACCACUUGACGUCGAUACCCUCGGCCAAAACGCACUUUCACCAGUUCAUUCACGUGGCCACCAAACCAAACGAGUCCUGUCCCGAGGCUACAGAGCACUGUGAAUCGAACAAGCUGCAGCAACAACAUCCACCGCCACAGGACCAACCACACCCAGUGGCGACGACGUGGAAAUUCGUCGUGUUGGCUGGGGCAGGGUUUGUGUACAUGGUGGGGACGAGCGCGGCUAGUGUGUCGUACUUGGCAGUGACCCAAGUGAAUAUGGCCAACGACUUUUGGUGGCCCAACUUUAACAGCUCGGGCACGCACUUGUAUCUGGCCAACUGGUUCAACCACCAGCAAUUGAUGCACACAACCAACGUGACUGCCCCCGCCGUGGCGUCGACGUUGGCCAAGCUCGAGUUUGCAUCCCUGGACAAGUACAACGACUCCAACUCGCCCAUCCAGUUCACGUCGUUUGCUGCGACCCAUGCUAUGUACGACAUGCGGAUGUCAUUGCACGCGAUUGUCAUCGGUAUACGAAGCAUGGACGGGUGCAAAGUGCCGUGGAUAUCGACGCAAUACUGCUGGGUGGACUUUCAGCAACGCUGGGCCAUGGCUCGGUCCGAGGCCCGCCAACUGCGCUGUGACACCGCGUACGCAGCCAACGGUGCCGUGUAUUUUGAGUCGAUGGCACGCAACUUGAACUGGAACCAGUUCAACCGGUGCUGGGGCGAUGCCUUUGACGUGGCCAUUCGCUACGACUUGAACGCGUCCGACGCUGGCCUGGACUGGCUCGCGGCGUCGGUCGAUUCCACGAGGGGUAGUAGUACUAGUAGUUCUAGUAGGACUAGUGUAUCCGACGAAGCAGGGUACUGGUCGCGCGAGGGGAUUCGGCACUUUACCAUGCAGUGGCAAAACUUCAAGUCGGUUGGGGUGGUGGAGUAUUUCCAGGUCGUGAAUGCGUUCGGAGUUGCGUACGACUUGACGUUGAAGGACACGAAAAGCUCGUUUCACCUCGAUACCCAAACAUCCCGCAAACUGUCGUGGGGGCUCGUGGGGGAUUUCGACGCCGUGACCAGGUACGGCUUAGCGCUUGGCAAAUCCAGUCUAGUCCGCGGCAGCGCCAACUACCUGUACGACGGCGACCAAGUUCCGUCGCCGCUUGAAGCGCUCAUGAUUGCAAAUGGCACGCUCGUCGACUUUACAGUUCCCGUCACCAAUGUAUUUCCAGUUCAAGUGCCAAGUACAGCGCUGUUAUUGCGGCAAUUGAUAGGUCCAUAUGGUACGAUCGACGCGUGGCACGUCCCUGUGCCAACAUCAUUGCAGCAAUUCACUGCAUCUGUGACCGAGUUUAUUGUUGCGACCCUCGCUUCAAAGCCCGCCCAAGUACAAACGAUGUGGACCACCCUCCCAAUAGUGCAGGUGCUGCGACCGACCCCCCCCGGCUUGGUCGAUUGGAAUCUCGUGGGGGGAAACCUGCUUUGCGACUACAAGUGGCCGCGCGUGGCCAUGUUUUCAUUCUACGGGGUCAGUUCUGCCUGUUCGUCCAUCCUAGCAGAACACAUCGACGCCACCGCCAUGUCGAUCGUGUACAGUUUAGUGGGGGUGAACGCCAUGUACAAUGAUAACGUCAACUUGACCGCGAUAAGUCAGUUGGCCGGCGACGACGACCAAGCAGCAGCUGAUGUGCUGACGAUGCUCUCGACAACCAAACGCUACGUUGAAACCAACUUGUCGUGUGAUAUGACGUGGACGGCGCUACAGGAACAAGCUCAACGCGUUCAGGCCGAAGUGGCGGAUAUGGCGAUUGAAAUCGCCCAAUUUGCAGUCCCGGAUGAGACCAUCACGUCCGACACGGGGUAUGGCAUCCGUCCUGUCGUUGAUAUCGACAUCCCCCCGAUCAUCCCCCCCCCGAUCAACAUCAAUGUUUCAGAGGAAGUCGUCCUCAUCACAGCGACGCAACGACGACUCGAACAAGGGGGCGGCGACCCCCCCCCCGCGCAACUGUAUCACAUGAACGUGUUUGACACGAAUCAAGCGGCAUUUCAUCUCUUUGCAUGGAGUUUCAUGUAUGACUGGGUUCUCGGUGUGCGAGAAGUCGUGACCUUUCAAGGGGAUGUUGGCAGGAUCACCUUGCUCUCGACAGCAUCCAGUCGAUAUCAAGCCACAUCCCCCCAGCCACUGGAGAUUCCCACCAACGUCGCAUUGUACCUUCGGUAUGCGACAAUGUACAUCACGGGCACGAUCUUUGCAGCGUCGGUGGUUGCGACCGUGUACAUUCUCGUGGCAAGAGGGCACAUCGAAGGCCGCAACAUGUUCAAACUCAACCGUGUGGCGGGAAUCGUGUAUAUGGGUCGUCCGCUGCUGCUGCUCCGAAGCAUGGCGGCGAUGAGUGUACUUAGCACGGCCACGCUCGAGCUGGAGCAGUCGUCGUCGGGGGUGCUGACGUACUUUAUCGCGACUAGUACUCGCCCGUUGACCGUUGUGGGCGCAGUCAAGAUGUUCCUCGCGGCGGGAGAAGUGUCGUGGUUCACGUUUGUCCUGAAUGACAUGUUCAUGGUCGUGACCCGGCAGUACACGUCCCCGUACGCGUUCAAGUCGAGCCUCAUCGUGUGGAUGGCGUCGGGUGUGCUCAGUUUUGCAAGCCCCGUGAGGGACAUCGCUACAUUACGACGCGACUGCAUGAUUCGAGCUGUGGAUUUUGACAUGUCGUGCUCGGCUGUGUUGAUUGAUCGAAUACAGGAACGAUUGAAAUCGGGCAGUGGCGGCGGGUGGCCGUGCUCAUGGCGCUAUGUGUGACGUGGAGUGGCGUGUGCUAUGCCUACGAACGUAUCCGCCAUCCGUUGCUGUCUGUGACAGAGCACGUCCCGUCGCCGUUCUUGUGUGCCAGUGCCAAAUGGAUGUAUAACACCGACUCGUGGAUGUUUCACGAGGUGUAUUACCUGGACAAGGCAUCGGCGGCGUUGAAUGGGAUGCUCGUCGUGCAGGUCAGGGCCACGUUUUACGUGUUGGAUGUCAAGUCGUGGCGGCGGUUCACGAUCGACGUGCCGGGCGAGCUUCGACUUUCCCAUACCGAACCCCGGGCCAAGGAACUCAACGUCGCGCUCCCGUUAACUCUUUACAUGUAUUGAUUGUCCUUCUUACAUAAAUUUGGACUGUUCAAUAGUGAAACCGAAU